CUCUCUCUCCACGCCCUUAUCUUUUUCCUCUUUGAUAAUGAUAUCGCAACUCCCAUUCUUUUGGCUCUUUCCCCUUCUUUUCUCGCUCUUUCCAUUCCACCUUUUCUUCUUCGUGUCGUUUUUUCCUUCUUUAUCAUUACCUUAUCAAAUGAAAUCUUUCAAAUGGUUAAAAAGAAACAGAAUUGUUUGAUUAAGCCUCUCUUUUAUUUUUCUUUUUUGGUGGUUCUAAAUUUUUUACAUGGAUUUCAUUACUUUUACCUCUGUAACUAAAAGAUGAUAGUGAUUGGAAAAGUCGGAUUGCAACGGCAAUGAUUCGUAUAUCAACUUCUAAUCUUAUAAUCUUUGGAGGGUUUCUUUUUAAGUCAUGUUUGCCUUUAUUCCCUCUCAUUCUUUUUUUUAAUUUUUAUUUUUUGAUAAUGAGUUAUAAAGUUCCAAAUUAUGAUAGAUUCACUUCUUUAUUCUCCCACUCGUGUAGUCGAUGACAAAGGUAAAGCAAUAUCGUUGCAAAAGGUAACAAUGUUAAUUAAAGUUGGUAAUUGUUGUUCUAGAAAACCAUGCAUAUAUACAUCUUAAUUUUGUAACUAAUUAAGCAAAUGAAGCCAUUAAAAAAAACCCAUUAAAAAAAUUUUCAUCAUAUAGGGGGGAGGGGGGUCCAAGAGGGUGGAUGUUUCAGACACUGACCCGCAUAUGGGGUGGCUGAGUAUGGUUACGGUCCUACCAGGCAAAAGCUAAACCGGCACACCACAUGUUGAAGCUUUCAAGUAGGUGAGGAUUUGAUCCAAAAUUUAUAAAGUUCAUAAAUAAAAUCUCGAUUCCAUCCCAUCUUACAAAAAAUUAAUUCCACUACCCAUAUGUUUCUCUCAACACUAUUCUUUUUCUUCCCCCAGAAAAAAAAUGCGAGGGAGGAGGGAUCUCACAGAUACAUGCAUGGCAUGCAGAUGCCUUGUUACCAACCGCACACCACGUGCUUCAUCCAUCCCUCCUUAUCAUGUAUAUAAGCUGGCUUUCUUCUGAAUCACUUUCCAAACUCAAUUUACUAACAAUUUGCCAAAAACUAGAUUAUGAAUCUAAAUUUGAAUCAAAAGUAUGUUUGUGAUCGAAUGGAUUAUAAAUUAAACUUGAGUCGUUCAAGAUGCUUUACCACUCUGAAUUUUUUUUCCCCCAUCAUUUAGUGGAUUAAUCUUGACUAACAAUUCAAAAGUGAACGAUAUUAGAAUAAGGAAUUCCACGGGCAUGGUACCAUUUAUGAGAUGGACAAUAUUCCAUUAAUGGAUGGGCCAAGCACUUUAGUCCAUGUAACUGAAAUGGAAGUAUUAUGAAAGUCAAAAAAAGAGAUUAGCAUUUAACAGUGCUGCAAAUGCAACUUUAGCCUUGUGGGGAAGACAAAUAAACAUCAGCUUCAGCCGAUUCUUAUCGCCAGUCAUGUAACUCAUGUUCAUUGAACAACGAGGAUGAGCCCAAUAAUUUGGGUUACCCCAAGCACGAUGUAGGAGCCUGUAACUGCUCCAAUCAAGCCGAUAACUUGUCAUCUCUGAAUUCUGAUGGAUUGAGAGAGUCUAGUCAGGACACAUCCAAGAAAACUGGGCCUGACAGGCAGGCCUUCAGGGUAGAAUAAGAUCAGCUCUGACUCUGGGAGCAUUUUCGACGUCUUUCAAUUCGAGAUAAUCUUGGUCCCUCCAUGUCUAUACUUCGAAAAAUCUAAGCUCUGCUAAAACUCAAAAGUAAAUUACCUCUUCAAAUGACCACAAUCAUGGUCAUGGCCUCACCAAUCUCAACUUCCACAUUCUUGUGCACUUCUUCCGUUGCCUCAAAGUCAACCACCUGCUAUUUCUCUCCUUUGGUUUCAUAUCCCAAAGCCUCGAAUUUCAGUUUCGCCAAGUGGUUUCCUCAAUUGGAUCCAGCUCUUUUUUGUCAAUGGAGCGGUCUAAAGCAUCUGGGCAUUUCAAUCUCACCAAAAUCUCUUAAAUUAGAAAAAAAGGGGAGAUGUAAAGGUAAGGUGGUUCAAGCAUCUCUGUUUGGAGUUGGAGCUCCCGAGGUUCUGGUUAUUGGGGUAGUAGCUUUGUUGGUGUUUGGUCCCAAGGGUCUGGCUGAGGUUGCUCGGAAUCUGGGAAAAACAUUGCGUGCAUUUCAACCCACCAUUAGAGAACUUCAGGAAGUUUCAAGGGAAUUCAAGAGCACCCUUGAGAGGGAGAUUGGUCUUGACGAAAUGUCAAGUUCAACACAAAAUACACUGAAUAGAAACAGCCCCUAUCUAAGUAACCCUACCCCAACCCCUUUAUCAGUUACCAGCACUGAGGAAUCUGGUGCUAAGGCUGACCCCAAUGGUACUCCAUCCCUGAACGAGGCUUAUACUAGCGAAGAGUACCUAAAGAUCACAGAAGAGCAGCUAAAAGCUUCUGCUUCUCAACAGCAGGGCCAGACUACCUUUCCUGGAGAAAGCCAGUUAGAAUCCCAAAUUCAACAUGAAGCCACUGCCAAUGAACCUGCUGCUGCAAUGCCUCCAUCUCAGAAACCUGAAAGCGAGACAUGAAAUCCUAUGAAAGCAGACCCGAAGGAAAUAUCUAAUCCAUUAAUUUUUCAGAAGCCUCAGAGAAAUGGAUUCAACCUCCUGAAAAUAUAUAAAUGGAGAAGGAAAAGUCAUGCUUGUCCCUCUUUGUUACAGGCUGAAUGUUGUAAUCAGGUGUUAUUGGGUUUGAAAUUUAACUAUGGGCCUAAUUUAUUUAAUGUUAAGCUGUUUCAUGUAUGACCAGUGCCAAGGCCUUUAUGCUCUUGUUUUAUUUCCAGCUGUUAGUUACAGAUUAGGCAAAUGGAGUGUGAGAGCACUGUAAGAACCUCGAAAUGCAGCUGUCAUCAGUGUUGGCUCAGCAUAAAGGGGAGCUGGGGGUAUUGUGCAUGAUAUUCAGUUUAGCAAUAUCAAAAAGAAUUCUCUCUUUCCAAGUUCA